AGACGAAUCGGGUGUUUCCUAGCCGAACGAUACAAACCGAAAAACUUCUAAUCGUCUAUUGGCAAACAACCGUUAUUUUCUCUCAUAAAACGGUUUUGAUUGAGUGAUGGUCGAAGUAGACGAGAUUAGUAAAGCGGCUUCGAGUGACGCCCGCAGAGGCGUCUAAAGUGAGCGUCUAUUCUGGAUACUGUUAAAAGCUAUUCUUUUUCCUUUUCUCCUUUUCUUUGGUUGCGUGCAAGGCUUUGGAGAAUAAGAUUUGUUAAGGAGACGCCUGCUUGACGCAUAGACUUCUAACGCGGGAAAAGAAAAAAUGCUGCAUUCUCUUACUUGUUUUGUUAUUCUCAGCACUAUAACUUACGUCGUAAGUUUGGACUAUAGUAUUUACGAAGAAAUACCAAACGGAACAAUUGUGGCAAAUUUGACGGCGGAUGUAAGAGUUCCGGCGUCAAUUGCAAGAGACAGAGAUGCUGGGAGAAAUGGACAAGUAACUUAUUGGUUAGCAUCUUAUAAUGAAUUUAGGAUAAAGGAGAAGACUGGGGAAAUCUUUUCACGAUUUCCAUUGGAUUAUGAAACAAAGAGCCGGUAUCUUUUCACAGUAAAGGCGUGCGAUAGAGGAACGCCUAAAAAAUGCUCCACUCCUGUUAGGGUUAUUGUAAAUGUACGAGACGCUAACGAUAAUCCGCCAGAGAUUACUAUCGAUACUCUAACUUCGUCAAAAGUUGCCUAUGUUAACGAAGAUCAAGAAACAAAAGCGUUCGUAGCAAGAGUUCUGUUAGAGGACAAAGACGACGGCAGAAAUGGCGAAUUAGAAUGUUCAGAAGAUGCAAUUAGCAUCAAACAGAGCCGAGAGGAGGAAGAGCUGUUUAUAUUCCAUAUCCAAGAAAUAUCAUCAAGUAGUGGAAAGUAUAUAACCAAUUCUCCGACAGUUAGUGAACCAUUUGAAAUAAAACCUUUCGUGAACUCAUAUCAACUUGUAACCACACGAAAAUUGGACAGAGAAGAUCGUGAUACUUAUAGUAUAAAGAUUAAUUGUGCGGAUAAAGGUCAUCCACGAAGGACCGCUUGGAAGUCUUUAACAGUAAAGGUCAAGGAUGUGAAUGACAACAACCCUAUCCUACAGAAUUCUUCCCUUCAAAUGAACGUCAAUGAAACGGCAAUAGUUGGCUCAGUAAUCGGGCGUAUUCGAGCGAAUGACGGCGAUAUCGGUCCGAAUGGCGAACUCUCUUAUCUGAUUGAUUCCGACGUCGACUUUUUCCAGUUGGAUCCGUCUAGAGAACAAAUCGAGAAAAUUUUCCCAUACUUUAAGAAAAAAUUGGACUUUGAAAUUCAGCAAAACUUCUCUUUUAGAGUUACUGUCCGAGAUCACGGAAAACCUAGUAGACAAUCAACUGGUCACGUGAUUAUUAGAAUUAACAAUUGCAACGACGAACGUCCAAUCUUUGAGAAGAAAGCCUACGAGUUCAACGUUACUGAGAAUUGGAGGGGGCUCCUAGGAAAAUUAACAGCUGUUGACCUCGAUCUUUCACCCUUCAACCAAACCGUCUACGAAUUAGACGGCCCGGAAGCGUUCAGUCUUGAAAGACAGACGGGGAAGUUACGAUUGCUACGAGAUCUCGAUAGGGAAUUACAAAGUUCAUACAAAUUUUAUGCCGUAGCUAGAGACGUCAUGGACGCUUCCCUUUCCGAUAAAGCAGAGAUUUUGGUUACAGUAUUAGACAAGAAUGACGAAAAGCCUUAUUUUUACGACGAAGCAGGGCUAACAUUUUCAGUUAGUAGAAACGCUGGUUACGGAACGUUAAUUGGGAAGAUAAGGGCGGCAGAUAAGGAUUUAGGGACGAAUUUAACAUUCGAAAUCACGCAACGUCGCUAUAGACGUCUCUUUCUAAUAACGGCCGAUGGAGAAUUGUUUCUAAAUGGUCAGAUAGACGAUCAUUCGGAAGAAGAAUUCAACUUUGAAGUAAGAAUAUCUGAUGGCAAAUUAUCAGAAUCAAAAUCAUUCAAAAUCAUCGUCGAUGCAUCGUCUUCAAGCUUCUUUCAUAAAUUUGGGAAAACUACACUAGUAACAAGCUUGGGAAUAGGUUCUUCCAUCCUCUUCGCUAUCCUUAUCAUAAUUUGCUGCGUACUGAUAAGAAAGAGGCGUAGGAAAAAGAAAAAUCACCAGAGGAGAGGAGAUGAUGGCGGUGUUGUACCGGUCAAUGGGUCUGUGAGAUACGCUUUUGAAGAUGAUGUUUCAUGCAUAUCGGAUAAUGAGGAGCGCGUAGCAAACGUGAGUAUAAUUCUUUAG